CCUUGCACUUCUCAGCAUUCACUUUCAAACCUAGAGCUCUUCUCAUAGAAAACGUAUCCAGGCAAAGCAGGGAGACCUCAAGCAGGAGAAGUAUAUCCACACCGUCAGCUUUUGACUCCCCUGUCAGCUGAGAAAUGAGAGAACAGCAGGAUCCUAGCUUUGGCCCUGAAUCCUUCCAGGCUCCGAAGGAAGAUCUCUCAGACUCAUACCUCCCUGGAUUAGACUUUCACUGUUAAUGUGUUGAAAUAGUUCUGAGCCCUGGGUAGUGUGUUUCAUAUUGCACAGUCCUUGGGAAACUCAGCACCUGGGCCACUGCAGAUGUCCUGGAGGCCUGCAGUAAGUGACGAGCAAACUGUCAGUAAGUGAUGAGGGAAGUGAAUUAUGUGAUAUUCCGGUGGUGUUCUGGAAAACUAGCCUGUGCAGUCAUUUAGUGGAUAAGACCAUAGAGAGAGAAAUUAUUCAAGAGAAAGAAGUGAUCUAGAAGUCUAAGUUAGUGCUUUUAAACAUUUUUAGCAGUGAAACUUUUAAAAAUGAGUUUAUGGGCAGCCCAAAAUGGCAACCAGCUACUACCAGGAUUUCCUUAAGCUCUGGGAGGACUGGCCAGUGGAUGAGCGCAAACGGGGCUGGGACUUGGGCGCUUACCUGUGGCAGCAAGUAACACAGGCCUUUCAGGAGGGAGAGAAUACCCAGGUUCCAGAGCCUAAGGCCUGUGUUCAGAUGUAUGAGAGCUUAGCACGACUCCAUUCAAACUAUUACAAACACAAGUACCCUCGUCCCAGAGACAUGGAAGAGUACAAGCUGAUCCUGUCCACAGACACCUUGGAAGAGCUUAAGGAAAUGAAUAAAGGCAUGUGGAAGACAUUGCAGGAGAAGUUUGCCCCCAGGAAUACCCAGGAGAAGCAGAAGGCCUGGGCUCAGGCCUUAUCUUGCCCAUGCAUCUAAGCAUGGAGUCUUAUACCUUGUCAUCAUAAAUAAAACUGUCCUGAUUUUUACCCAAAAAAACUGAGUUUACAAAAAAUUCUGCUACAGAAAUAUAUACAAAUAAAUAAACAAA